AUGACUGAUUCUCAGGCCGGCACACAGCGUCCAGGAAAAGUUCAAUUAGAUGAAGCAGACCUGAGGAACAGGUUAACACCUGAGGAGUUUCAAGUUACAAGGGAACAUGGGACAGAGCAGCCAUGGACAGGACCUUUGCUGGAGAACAAAGAGAGUGGGACAUAUACAUGCACCUGUUGUGGAGCAGAGCUCUUCGAUUCCUCAACCAAAUUUGAUUCCGGAACGGGGUGGCCUUCAUUUUAUGAUGUACUAAAGGACAAAGAUGCUGCUGACUUGGCGGCCAUAGAAACGAAACCUGACACCAGCAGAGGCAAAAUUCGAACUGAGGUGCUCUGUGGCAAGUGCGACGCUCAUCUUGGUCAUGUGUUUACCGAUGGACCACAACCAACCGGUCUCCGCUACUGCAUCAACAGCGUCUGCCUCAAAUUUCAACCAAACUAG